GUCGGCAUUCCUUCAGUAAACUACCUAAACGUUGGAGGAGAAAAUUCACAGCAGGAAGUCAGUGGUCCAACCGCGUGUAUUUUCGAGGCAAUCGCAACAGGUUGAAAACGUAGAAAAUAAAAUACGAAAAUCGCAUUAUACGAAAGAACAAUGUCGUCUUACCUCUCUUCGUACGAGACGGAAUUGAAGGCGGUUGCCACGGCGCUACUGAUCACUCUGCUUCUUUUCCUGCUGCGCGUCAGUCGUUUUUUCCUCCGUCGCGUCUGCAAAAUCGGCCGCAUUCCCCUCCCACCAUCGAAAACUAACCGCGCAAAAUCCGGCGGGAAGGACAAAGUCGAUUGCGUCGCGGUGCUGGGCAGUGGGGGGCACACAUCGGAGCUACUGCAGCUGGUGGACGGCUUCGACCCCACACUGUUUCAGUUCCAUUUCAUCGCCACAAGCUCCGACCCGUAUUGCGUCAAACUGCUCACUCGCCACGGAUUUACCGUGGUGCAGGAUGGAAUAAACGAAAGGGGAAAUAAUAAGGGAAUAGACGGCAAACGCAAAGAUAAACCUGAAGUAGAUGAACAGCAAAUAAAUGCUGAUCCCACGUCGACCACUAAAAAGCUCGUGCACCUGUACCGCAUCCGGCGCAGUCGGCAAGUCGGCGAGGGUUGGGUGAGCAGUGCGUGGAACACCUUUGCCAGCAGUCUUCAAUGCCUCUGGUUAUGGUAUAAGGUUCCAGUGUUUCGCCAAUCUCACCUCUUACUCGUUAACGGACCUGGAGUUUGCAUUCCCGUGGUUUUCUCUGCCUUGUUCUUCGAAAUGCUCGGGUUGCACAACUGUAAAGGAGCGACCGCAAAUAGUAAGGCGACUCAGCAGCAGCACUUUAUGGCGUUCUCAACUGUUACAUUCUCAACUGUUACAUGGAUUUGUCAUGCAAGAACCGCAGCAGUGAAAGGGACAAGCUUACAGCUCUCGCAUCACAAAUUUGGCACAGAUUUAGGCGCUGUUUAGCCCUUCGGGAAUUUGUUAUGCGACGUAGCUUGAUCGUCUGGUGGCUCAUGGUAGUUUCGCAUGACAAAUCAUGUAACAGUUAAGAAUGUAACGUUUGAGAACGCCAUACACUUGCGCUUGAUUUUCGUGGAGUCGUUCGCGCGGACGCAGUCGAUAUCCCUCACGGGGAGGAUUUUGCGGCCCGUGUGCGACCGUUUCAUCGUGCAGUGGAUGAAUUUGGCGACGAGAAAAGUCGGAUCCACCUUUGUAAAACGGGACGUGGAAAAAGCGACUCCCUGGUGGCAGAGGACUUUCGCGAAACUGGAGUACGCUGGCACGUUGUUGUAGACCACAAAGAGGCUGCUCUGUGGUCGGCGUUUUGAGUUGCACUUGACAGCGUCAGUUGAGCCCUGCUGGCGGGAGAUGAUGAUGAUGAUGAUAUGUUUCGUGGUAAGUACUCAAUCUAUCAGUAGUAGAAGAGAAAAACAGUUGGGGGAUUGCGGAAGUGGCGCACGACCCAUUAACAAGUCCCGGCCCUGAAGAAUUUGCCCUUGCACUAGUGGUCUUAAUCUCAUACUCAUGUUGACAUUUUGCCUUUUUUUGCACAACAUGCAUGGCACGUUAAUCUACGUAUUGCUUAACGGCUAAAUAUCUCAAAUGUUACCACUCCCCAGGAGGAUGAAUGAUACCCUUCACACUCGCAAAGUGAAUCAGCUCAUCAUGAGGCCUGCAAAAGGCUCUUCGAGGCCUGCGC